CUUCUCCGCUGUGCAAUCUGGUUUCCGAGCCGGUCACGGGUGCACCUCAGCCACACUCAAGGUGAAGGACAUCUCACUGGAGGCCAGAGGAUCUCUGUGAAGCCAGUGGGACACAAUACAUGGAGAGAUGACCAACCAAUCACUAUUGAUGAGGGGAGUGGAACCUCAACCCAGCAUGUUAUCAUGAUAGAGUCUGUAGAUGCAGUGGCUGCAGGUCCUGGAGGAUCAUCUCUGGUCAAGCAGAAGAGGACUGAAGGAGAGGAGAACCCACGACACAGCAGAGACAUCCAGACUGGAGCAGCGUCUGGAGCACCCCCCUGUAGCCACGGAGCACCUCGCCUCGCAGCCCAGGACCCAACACAGCAUCACAGAGGUCAGAGGAACGCAGAACACCUUCCUUAAGUCAGAGACAGACACCAAAAGUUUAACUGUAACACAAAGGCUCUUACACACAGCAUCAGACCCAGAGAGACUGGGGCUGGGGACACUGUGCUGUUUUCCUGGCUCAGAGUAUUUACCGGUAUGUCGCCAGAGCCAGAGGAUGGUUCAUUCCCUUGGAGAUGGUGACACAUUACACACUGGUGUUGAUGAUCUGUCUUGUUCUUACACCACAGUGAUGGAUCCUGGCAACAUGCCCUUGGGUUUAGAGACACAGACUGAUCUGUCUAGAGGGGACUGGAACCGGUACAGUAGUAGUGUAUACUCUGAAGGGUGCCUAGAUAAGAAAAGGGAGGGUCUCAUCGUAGAUAAAGUGACUGUGAAAGUGAAGGGCUACGUUCCUCCCACAUGGAAUGCAGAUAGUCACCUAGGAGACGGACACUUAGAUUACAGGGAAAGCUUAGAGACAAAUCCAAAUGUCGCGACCCACUCCCCUUUACACAUGUUCAUGGAUCGCGACCCAGUGUGCACAUCCAUGGGGCCUUCCGAAUCACACGGCCGCAUCCUUUUCGAUCAGGUAAUGCACUCAAAUGACACGACUAGAGCCAAGGCUCAGGGAGGGGGAGCAACAUCAGGCGAUGUUAAAGAGAAACGGUUCUUGUGCGUGUUCUGUAACAAAGGCGUGAAACCCUUCAGCUGUACCCAGUGUCACAUGCGCUUCGCCCAGGCUGGUGACCUGAAGAUGCACCGGAGGGUCCACACAGGGGAGAAAUUGUUCGGCUGCCACCUGUGCCGGGCCAGUUUCUCACACUCGUCCAAGAGGUUCUCAGAGCUACCUCAGGAUACACCAGCAGAAAAAGCAUUCCACUCAAUAACAUAGAAAGUAUCCAUUCCACUUGAUAGCUUCUGACAUUUACAUCAAACCCUGCAUUAAAGACAAUUUUGAAUAACAAGAGUAACAGAUUUCAGUGUAGAAUAUUCCUGGGUAGAAUAUUUUUCAACUACUCUACUUCCUGGGUAAAAGUUGAAAGUGUUUUAUCUGUGUGUGCAUGUAACACAGGAGGUUGAAGAGAGGAGGACGGCUCAUAAUAAUGGCUGGGAUGGAGUCAAUGGAAUGGUAUCAACCACAUGGAUGUGUUUGAUUCCAUUCCAUUUACUCCAUUGCAGCCAUUACUAUAGGACUCCUCAAUUAAGGUGCCAUCAGCUGCCUCUGAUAUAUACGUACCUGAGGGAGUGUAUGUCUGUGCAAUCUGUGUCACCUGUCUCUUCCAGGAGGAGGAGGGUCCAGAGGUGCUGCUGGUGAAGGAGGAGGGGUGUGAGGAGGGUCUGGGGAACCCUGGGGGGAACAUGGUCAUGGAGGACAACCAGACGACACCUCCUCCUGAACCCACAGAGGAACCAGCUGAGCAGCACAGGACCACACACAGUCUCACUGAGUCAGUAGACAUGGAGGAUGGGAAGCCUGAUCUGCUACUAGUCAAAGAGGAGACAAUAAGAUGGACCAGAGAGCAUUGACCUGCUGAGUGGACUAAAGAUGGGGGAGCAAAUGUUUCACGCCACAGAUGAUGUAAGACAUGCGAGAUGAGACAGGAUGUCGAAUGGUGCCAGAGAAGAUGGUGCGUUACCACCACCAACAGCAUGGGAGGACAAUGACCCAACAGACCUCCAGGCUGUGUAAGGGAUAUUUGAUUGAGAAGGAGAGUGAUGGAGUGCUGCAUCAGAUCACCUGGCCUCCACAAUCACCAAUCACAAUCACCCAAUCUCGAACCAAUUGAGAUGGUUUGGGAUGAGUUGGACCACAGAGUGAAGGAAAAGCAGUGCUCAGCAUAUAUGGGAACUCCUUCAAGCAUUCCUCAUGGAGCUGGUUGAGAGAAUGCCAAG